UUAAUACGGGCGAAAAUAGCGAAGUACGCGCACAACCGCGACGUCACAUCGCUGAUGCAAGCGCACCCUUUCUGUUCAGAAACGUCAAAUCGAUUUUCCCAUGAGUGAUUCGGUGUGAAUUAUUUCAGUGAAUUUCAUUCGGAAAUACUUGCAAACCGUAUUCGGAAAACUAUUGAAAAAUGUCUCGUUUCUUCGCCGGUGGUGGUUCGGAUUCUGAUUCGGAAAGUUCUUCCGAUAGUGAGGUCGUAGCGCGCCCAGCGGCUCCGCAAUUUACUUUCAGCGAUGAGGAAGAGGACGUCAAGCGCGUCGUCCGCUCGACGAAGGAGAAGCGUUACGAGGACUUAUCAAACAUUAUCAAGAACAUCCGUAACUACAAGAAAAUCAAGGACAUGUCCAGUAUGUUGACCAGCUUUGAGGAUCUGACCAGAGCCUAUGCCAAGGCACUUCCGGUAAUCACGAAAGUGGAAAAUGGCAUCACUCCGCGCUUCAUUAUCCGAGCUCUUGCUGAAAUGGAGGACUUCAUCAACAUGGUUUGGGAGGAUAGAGAAGGGCGGAAAAACUUGUCGAAAAACAAUUCCAAGUCCCUGGGAACGUUGCGCCAGAAAUUCCGGAAGUACAUCAAGGAGUUCGAUAGCGAUUUGAAGAAGUUCCGCGAGUCGCCUGAUGCGGCUGAUGAUGACGAUGAAGAGGAAGAAAAGAAAGAAGAAUCCGAAUCAGAGGACGAGCAACAUGUGGCACCAACGGCGGCGAAGGCUGUGUCCUUCAAAAAAGACGUAAAGGUGAAGGUGGAGAAGGAUGACGACGAGUCGGACGAUUCGAUUGAUUGGGACAUGGAUUCUGAUUCUGACGAAAGUUCGUCGGAUGAAGAAACUCAGUACACCAGUAUUCGAGAGCGUUUUUUGAAGAAAGCUGAAAAGGAUGACGGUGAUGACGCUGAAAACAAAAAAGAAAAGAAGAAGUUGCAGAAGGAUUCAAAGGACCGGAUGAAGAAGAAGCGUGCUGAUGACGAUGAUGAAGGAUGGGAAGUGGUGAAUGGAAAUCGAUCGACCAGUGCAGAGCAGCCGAAAAUGUUCGCUAAGGAUGCUGAGAUUGAUGUUAAUGUGGUGAUCAAUAAGCUUAAUGAAGUGAUGGCCGCUCGUGGUAAAAAGAGAACUGAUCGUAAACUGCAAAUUGAGUUUUUGAGAGAACUGCGCAACAUAGCCGAUACGCACAAUCUAGGAGAUGCCGUGGCCGCUAAAAUCCGUUUCAACAUUGUGUCGGCUAUAUUCGACUACAAUCCUAAGGUUUCGGAGCCAAUGAAGCUGGAACAUUGGUCAAAGUUGUUGGAGGAAAUCCAGGCAUUGAUUAAACUCCUUUUGGGCAAUGAAGAUAUUGUUUUGUCUGAAACUAUUUUGGAAGAAAACGAAGAAUACGAGACGGUACCAUACAAGAUCCGUGGUUGCAUUCUGACUGCUGUAGAACGACUAGAUGACGAAUUCACUAAGCUGUUGAAGGAAUGCGAUCCUCAUAGCAACGAUUAUGUAGAUCGUUUGAAGGAUGAGGUGACUGUAAGCAGCGUAAUCGAGCAGGUUGUGAAGUACAUUGAGCGCCUUGGAAACGACACGGAAACUUGUAGAGUGUACUUGCGUAAGAUCGAUCAUCUGUACUACAAGUUCGAUCCAAACGUAUUGAAGAAGAAAAAGAAGGAACUUCCAGCCAAUACUCUGACUUCCGUAGACGAAAUGGAUCGUCUUUGCCGUUUCGUUUAUGCCAAGGAUCAAACAGAUCGGCUACGAACCCGCGCUAUUCUAUCGCACAUCUUCCAUCACGCACUGCACGAUAACUGGUUCCAAGCACGUGACUUGGUGCUGAUGUCCCACUUACAGGAAACGAUCCACCAUUCGGACCCUCCGACCCAAAUCUUGUAUAAUCGGACCAUGGCCAAUUUGGGCCUGUGCGCUUUCCGUCACGGCAACGUAAAGGAUUCGCAUCAGUGUUUGGUGGACCUCAUGAUGACCGGAAAGCCUAAAGAACUCCUUGCUCAAGGUUUGGUUCCGCAACGUCAGAACGAACGCUCGCUGGAGCAGGAAAAAGUGGAAAAGCAACGCCAGAUGCCUUUCCAUAUGCACAUUAAUUUGGAACUGCUUGAGUGUGUUUACUUGGUGUCUGCCAUGUUGCUAGAAAUUCCGUACAUGGCUGCGCAUGAAUUUGAUGCCCGACGUCGCAUGAUCAGCAAAACUUUCUAUCAGCAAUUGAGAUCCUCGGAAAGACAAUCAUUAGUUGGUCCCCCUGAAUCCAUGCGUGAGCACGUGGUGGCCGCCGCUAAAGCAAUGCGCCAUGGCAACUGGAAUGCUUGCUCCAACUUCAUCGUUAAUAAGAAGAUGAAUGUAAAAGUUUGGGAUUUGUUCUUCGAAGCCGAUCGGGUCCGGGAAAUGCUGGUCAAGUUCAUCAAGGAGGAAUCCUUGCGCACCUAUCUGUUCACAUAUUCCAACGUGUACGCUUCAAUUAGUGUACCCUAUCUAGCGGAAAUGUUCGAGCUACCGAAGAGCAAGGUCCACUCGUUGAUCAGCAAGAUGAUCAUCAACGAAGAGCUGAUGGCAUCUUUGGACGAUCCAACCGAAACAGUGGUCCUGCAUCGUUCCGAGCCGUCUCGUUUGCAGGCUUUGUCUAUGCAGCUGUCCGACAAGGUCACAAACCUUGUUGACGCGAAUGAGCGUAUUUUCGAAAUGAAGCAGGGCAACUUUUUCCAGCGCGGUGGAAAUCAGGGCUACAACCGCGAUCGUCAAAACUAUCGCAACCAAAACCAGAAUCAAAACUGGAGCGGCAACCGCCGUCAGGACAACCGUGAGAACCGUGGAAACCGCGAUCGCAACCAGAAUCGCGAUCGCGAUCAUCGUAAACAACAUCGUGUUGAAUUUGAAGAAAAGGCUGAGUAAACAAUUCAAGUUCGCGGGGUUCCUGACCCAACGUUUGUGAAAGGGGAGCAAGAAGUUAUUAGGCGGAUAUUUUAAAAAAACAUUUGCAUAAGUGUAUCAGUCUGAUUAAUUUGGCUAAAGUUUGAACAUCCAACAAUAGUAUGAAUGAAGAAAUAUACAGGUGUUUGUAUCCCGAUCUGGAGGUAACUACUUGAAUGCGUAUAUUGCCUCCAGAUCGGGAGUAUCAACACAGAUGAAAGGGAAA